UAUAGGGCAUGUUUGAAGGGUCUUUCUUCAUAGCAGCUCCGGAUCGCUGGCGUGGCUAGUUGGUAAGGCAGCGCACUCUCACGCAAAACAGCCCAAGUUCAAUCCGGGCGGUAACUAGUAGUUUGUGUUUUCCUGAUUCCUUGGAAUAGCAGUGACGGACACUGGCGACUACACCGGCAGCGGCGGACGACAUCGCCACGAAAUACGGAUAUCGCAAGUCAAUGGAGAAACGAGGCCCCUUCUUCAGGAUAAUAGAUGACGUUCCGAGAUGCCCAAACGUGGACCCCGUCCUGGUGAGGAAAGCACUAAGUUUCAAGGCCGGCAAGGGAGACCUCGUGCAAUGGUCGUAUCCAAAGAGCGGCACGCAUUGGGUGCAGUACAUAAUUCAGCUGAUUCUCAAAGAAGGAGACGCCGUGGACACUUACGACGACUUCACGAAGAACACGCGGCCGAUGGAAUACGUCGGCUUCGAUGACUGGACGCCAACGUUGGCGUUGCGAUGCUUUGCAACCCAUCUGCCGCCCCAACCUGACACGCUUAGCGACGAAGCAAAGUACGUGUACGUUGCCCGAAAUCCGUGGGACGUCUGCGUGUCUCUGUCACACAUGGUCACCAACCUCAGCAUCUACCGUUUCGAGGAUGGCACGUUCGACGAGUUCUUCGAGUGUUUUCUGGACAAAGACUUCGGCUACGGCUCCUACUUCGAUCAUGUAGCUUCGGGCUACGCCCUCAAGGACAGGCCCAACGUGCACUUUCUGACCUACGAGCAGCUGAAGAGAGAGCCCCGCGCUACGGUGCUGAAGCUCGCGUACUUUCUCGGCGACCACUACGGAAGGCUUCUCGAAGGGGAAGAUAACGCCCUGCUCGACCAAAUUCUCGACAGCUCUUCCGCAUCCCGCAUGAAGAAUGUCAUAGUGAUGAACUUGGGCAGCAAGGAGUGGGAAGCGAUGAUGACAAGGAAUAACAUGACCUGCAAGGACGGCUACGGCGGGGAUUCUAGCAAGUACGGCAUUGUAAGGAAAGGUCAGAUAGGGGACUGGAAGAACUACUUCAAGCCCUCCCAGCUUGAACGCCUCGAGCGGAAGAUUAGGGCCGAAGGAGAGAAAGCAUCGUUUAUGCAUUUGUGGGCGGACAUUCGCGAGGAAGCCCUUCAAGCAGCUGGCUUACAAACGAAGUAAUUCCCAUCGGGCUGUUGAGAAUGAGACAGCGCAACGCACAGAUCAGUGUACUCUGCGUUCAGUCUGUAGCGAUGGUUUAGCCUUCGUAGUGGUAAGCAAAAGCGCAACGCAUCCCGUUACCCAUUUUCUCAAGUUCAACCUCUUUAAGGGUGCCUAAACUAACGGCAUAAAGACAGAACUUUGAGAAAUAAAGUAUCAGACGGCUUUUUUUUUGGAGGUUAUAUCUUUGUGCGGUUAAAGUAGCCGAAUACGACAAGUACAACUCCGCAACUUCUCUAAGAACAUUGUGAAUGCUGCAGUUAUUUUCAGGUGUGGACACGCUUGCUUGCUUGCUUGCUUGCUUGCUUGCU